AUGAUCUCAGACCACAGUGUGAACCAAUACUCGCCGGCGUCCGAAGAGUCCUACGACCAGCCGCUGGACUUCUCCAAGUCUUCGCGCGUACCCUCACAGCCAUUGGUCACCAGUAUUCACGUGAAACAGGAGGUCCACAUAAACCGCAACCGCGGCUCAAGUGGUGGUCCUAAGCGUCGACACUCCGAGACGGACGAUGAGGACGACACGGCCGGUGCGCACCAGUCGGUGGCCAACUGUUUCACAACACCUUCGCCAUCACCACCCGAGCACAACCCCAACGCCAGUAGUCAUCACUCGACGCAAGUGUUGUGUCAACUCCUUCAGGGAAGUCUGAUCCCGACCUCAACGGGCAAACUCGUGCCCAACACCAGCGCCAACAACAAGAGUGGUCUCAAUGCGCUGGCACUUCAGCACCAGUUGCUCACAGCAUCCCAUUCCCAGCGUUACAAUGGCGGCCAAAGUCAGACAUCUCCGCUGUUGUCGCCAUCGCCGCCACCGGCGCCUCAGAGGGCGUCCACUCAGUCGUCAUCGGCGGCGAUGAUGCGGGCGCUCAACGAUCGCCACAACAACUCGUCGCGCAGUCCAUCCGGAAGUGAGUCGCCUAUAGGUUUGGGUCCAUUAAAUCAGAUGGAAAUGCAUUUCUCGAGCCAUCACUCGCCCACCACUCCGUCCGGUGUCGACCGGUUCGGUACGUCCGGCGGUCUACUGACCACCGCCUCCAACGCUGCCUCCCUUUAUGCCAACAACGACUCCGCCAAACGCCAUAUGAAGUACAACCGGCCGUUCAAAGCCUACCCGCGCGACCCCCUCUCAGUCUCUAUGAAUCCAGUGAUGGGUUUCUACGGAGGGCUACCCCUUACCGCCGACACUAUAGCCACGCAGUCGCUGUUGGCCACUGCCUCAGACCAGGCGUACCUCCAGUUCCGCGAGCAGAUGCUCGUGUCGCGGAAGGGUCAGCAGGAGUCGCAACUUCAACAACAACAACAAUACAGUCAGGACAAUAGCCGGCGCUCGUCGUCCAGCAAUGGACAGCACCCGUCGUCGCUCUCGAAGACCAACAGUACGCACAUGAAUACCAGCGCCACGUCGAUGGUAUCACCCGAUCAGCGGUUGAGCACCAAAACCAACGGCAAUAAUAACGGCACUCAUAGCCCGACCGACAAGAAGUUGAAACCAAUCAACGGAACGCCAAUUAGCGCGACGUCCGCCGCCACACCCAUACCCACAUCGACACCACUGAUCACCACAACCUCCUCGGCCUCCAUCAUGACGCCGAUGGCUCACCACAUGUCCUCAGCGGACGACACGUCACAGAACGGCCACUCCAGCGGCAACUCGUCCUCCGGGGAGGCGGACAUGGGAUCGUCGGGCGGGUCGGCCAACCGCAAGAGGGGGCGCCCCCUCCCGGAAGACCUCAAGGACGACGCGUAUUGGGAGAGGAGGCGCAAGAACAACGAGGCGGCCAAGAGGUCGAGGGACGCCCGUCGGGCUAAGGAGGACGAGAUAGCGAUUAGGGCGGCUUUCCUCGAGCAGGAGAACCUGAAGCUCCGCUGCGAAAUCGCACAGUUGAAGACCGAGACCACGAGACUCCGGUGCCUCAUGGCUGUCAAUCCCGACCCCCCCUACAGUCUUAACGUAUAG